GGUAGAGUUAGUUCAGUGUUGAAUUGAUCUAGUCGCGUGGCGCCACCUCAAGCGUACGUUCCGCCAUCGCUGAAGAGUCGCGUCGCUAAUAAUGGCGGACAACGACAUAGAUUUAUACGCGGACGAUAUUGACCAAGAUUUUGCACAAGAUGAUUUUAGCGGGGAUAACGUAGACUUGUACGAUGAUGUUAUUGCGGCACCUCCUGUCCCCGACAAUUCGGAUAAUUCCGACACAAACCAUCAGUCUUCUGCUACCGCCGAAGACACUAAUGGCAACUCUUUUGCCUCGCAGGGCAAUAACAUUUCGAACAACUCAACCGGCCGCAGACAUCAGCUCUAUGUUGGGAAUUUGACAUGGUGGACAACGGAUCAGGACAUAGCGAACGCCGUCCACGACAUCGGCGUGAACGACUUCCACGAGGUAAAGUUCUUCGAGCACCGCGCCAACGGCCAAUCGAAGGGUUUCUGCGUCAUCUCGAUGGGAUCAGAGAGCAGCAUGCGUCUCUGCAUGGACCUACUGCCGAAUAAGGAGAUCAACGGACAGUCGCCAUCCGUAACGCUGCCCACCAAACAGGCCCUGAGCAAUUUCGAAAGUCAGUCGAAAACACGUCCGUCACCCACCAACAACUCUAACUCACGACCCCAACACCCCAACCACGGUAACAAUUCCAUUCAUCCAGGUAUGGGACCGCCAGGUGGACCGAGGAUGCAGGGACCUCCAGGCUUUGGCGGCGGCCCGCCGCAAAUGCACCAUCACCACCACAACCAUCAUCAGGGCGGACAGAUAGGUGGCCCGCGUUUCCAAGGCCAACCGGGCCAGUGGAACGGCCCGCCCAGACCCAACGGACCACCGGGUGGACCGAACAUGGGACCGAUGAGGCCGGGCGGACCGCCGCCAGGACCACAGGGACCGCCCAGACCUCCCAUGUACCAGGGUCCUCCACAGGGACAGGUGCCGCCCAGAAAUAUGCCCCAAGGCCAAGUACCUCCUCCCGGAGGUAUGAGACCCGAUUGGAGCAGACCGCCAAUGCAACAGGGCUUCCCGCCUCAGGGACCGCCACAUCACAUGCAGGGCGGCCCGCCGGGCAACAUGGGUGGCCCGCGAGGUCCCCCGCCGAUGGGCGGACCGCCGCCGCAAGGCCCUCCCCAAGGGCCUCCAGCUCCUCAUGUCAAUCCGGCGUUCUUCCAGCAAGGAGGUGGACCUCCGCCGCCGCUGCAACACCACGGGAUGCAAGGACCGGGACCAGAAGCCUGUUUUUCAGUAAUGCCACCACAGGGUCCUCCACAAGGUCCUCCACACGGACCACCCCACGGUCCACCGAUGAACAAUUUGCCACCUCACGGUCCACCACAUGGUUAUCCACCUCAGGGAUUACAACCACCUUAUGGUGGUCCUCCGCCAGAUCACAGAAACGAUAUGCCACAGCUGUCUGAACAGGAAUUUGAAGACAUUAUGUCACGAAAUAGAACGGUUUCAUCAUCAGCUAUAGCAAGGGCAGUGUCUGACGCCGCCGCGGGCGAAUAUGCGAGUGCCAUCGAAACUUUAGUGACGGCGAUCUCGCUGAUAAAGCAGUCAAAGGUGGCUAACGACGACCGUUGCAAAAUUUUGAUUAGUUCGUUGCAAGAUACGUUACGCGGUGUCGAAGACAAAAGUUACAGCUCGGGCAGAAGGGAUAGGUCUAGGUCGAGGGAUCGGCCGCACCGGAGGCGGCGGGACAGAUCCAGCUCCAGAUAUAGGGACAGAAGUAGAGACAGAGAACGUGAUAGGGACAGGGAUCGUGAUCGUGACCGCUACUACACCGACAGUUACAGGGAACGCGACAGAGAACGGGACAGAUCACGUAGUAGAGGCGACAGACAGGACCGUGACAGAGAACGCGAUUACAGAGAACGGCAGCCCGACGAAGAUUCCAGAGUAUCCAGAUCGAGAAACAAGUCGCCAUCGGACGUUGACGGUGGCGGCGGUGGCGGCGGUGGCGGUGAUGCCCCCUCGAAGUCUAGGUACUAUGACGAUCGCUACCGAGAAAGGGAGUCGGGACGCCGGGAAAGCGAUCGAGAUCGCGAUCGGGAACGCAGAGAAGAUGCACACCGAUCACGGCAUUAAUCCAUUUGCGAUCAACUCGCCCUAAACUUUCUUAAUGUUUUAUUAGUGCAUCAAACGUGUACUACAAUGUACAAGGACGUUAAAUGGAAGAAAUUAAUAAUUUGAGGGAUAUUUAACAAAGAAAUAAAAAUAGAACAAUGGAAAAUAUAAAAUCUUAUUUAUGAGUCUCAUUUUACACAUUUCUAGUUGUCGUGUAUGUUAAUAUUGUGUACAUAUAUCAAAAGCAAUAUAUAUUAUUUAUGAUAAUAUUCCUUUAAUUAUUAAUCAUUCUAAAUAAAAAUGCUUUGUACAUUUUAUUUGUAGGUUUAAACCUUUGUAUUUAGAUUCGAAUUAUUUCAUUGUAAUCUAUUUGUAAUUACUGUUUCGGUUCAUUAUAACUUUGAUUUUAAUUGAUGUGCUUCAGGAAGAAAGAAGAUAUUUCCAGGAGAUAAAGAAGAUUGUAUGUUUGAGAUAAAAAAAUGUUCAGACUAAA